UUCUAACCUAACCUAACCUAUCAACAGCGCAUCACGGUUUAAACCUAACCUAACCAACCAACAGACGUUUCUGUCUGCUCAGGGGUCACGGUUCUAACCUAACCUAACCUAUCAACAGCGCAUCACGGUUUAAACCUAACCUAACCUACCAACAGACGUUUCUGUCUGCUCAGGGGUCACGGUUCUAACCUAACCUAACCUAUCAACAGCGGGUCACGGUUUAAACCUAACCAACCUGUCUCUAAUGCCAUCGAAGUUCAAAUCAAACCUAACCUAAUUUUAUUAUUUUUAGAAUACUUCAAAUAUCUAGUUUUAUAAAUAUUCUCGUUCAUUACAAAGUUGAAUGUUGAAAUCUCUAUUUCACACAAUGGAAUUUUAAUGUGACUUUAAUGUAUGUAUAAUCUACUUAGUAAUUGAGCUUAUCAUAAUUGUUAGCCAAAUUCCAAUAACACGUAUUUAGAAGCAAAACAAGUUAUCAAUUAUCAAACAAGACUUUGUAUUGAAACAAGAUUUUUAAUGAUCAAGAGUUGUAUAUAUAAAGACCUACGACGAUUUCUUUUUUAUACUACUAUCGAUUGACCCACGCUGUACUCCUACACCAGAAGGCAUCAAUAUGUCGAACUCCCCAUCAAAUGUCUUCGACGGCCAAGACUAUACAUUUAAGCAGUACUAUUAUCCAGUGUCAGAUGCAGAGGACAGCCUAACUUGUGUACCAGACGAGCCGGUGAAGCGAAAAUUAAACACACACUCAAAUAUCGAUGCAUUCUUUGACCAGCCAAAGAUAAAGAGGAAGAAAAACGUGUCUUCCACUGUAGGAAAAGGCUGUAAAGGGGGUGGUAUAUCAUAUAUAUCUACAAACAAAGACGAUGGUACGAAUUCGACACAUCUAAUCAAAAUAGAAAUAUUUGAUAUGAAAAAACUAUCCAAAGUUUCUGAUACAACUAAACACUGGAUGUUUGCGGAUGUGCGUGCAAAAUAUUUCGUGAUGGAAAAUGAAACAAAUAAGCACUUACAGCAAGCUAAAGAUCUCAUUUACGGAAUCACGAAGGAGAUUUCCGAAUCCGACGAGUGUAAAAAGUACCAUUUUAAUUCAAAAGUCUAAUCACUGUUGUCUAAUUGUGAAUAAAAAUAUAUAGUUUAUA